GCUCACUCCCCACCGAUUUCAGUUCGUGUUCAGCGAGAAUUCGGGUAGUAGCUUGUUGCCUGAGAUUCGAAUUCCUCGUCGCUGUUAGCUAGCGGCUAUAAUCAGUAGUUUCAUAUAUCUUCCGUGAAUCUUGAUGGAUUGAUGUACUAUUGGCUUUUGUAUGCACUGAAUUUCCUCACUGAGCUACACAUAUGCAGUCAUUUCCUGCCUUUUUUUUUGUGCAUCUGUACCUUACCUUUGGGCUCAGACUUUAAAUUGAUAGCACAUCCAUAAAGAUCCCAAACUAUCUGGUUCAUGUCAAUCGGAAGAAUCACUACAAGAGAUUUGGUUUUUUAUCACUAGGAAUAUAAUCUACAUGUAUAAAGUCAUCGUCUCAUGAGAUAGUGGGUAACAAGGCUGUCCUUGAUGCAAACACUGUCAUGUAGUGUUCGAUACAUCCGUAUCUUGGCAAAUCUAAGACAAUUAAUGUGGGGCAGAGGUACUACUUUAGUGAGCUAAAAGGUCUUAUAGGAGUAUUAGUUUACAGAGGGAGUAGUAGUUAUCAUUUAUCCAUGGCAUGCGUGUUAAAUAAUCUUCUUAAGCUUCCACUUGCGCAUUUCAUCCAUGACAUGCCUGUUAAAUAAUAAUGAAAUGAACACUGCUUGCAUUUUUUAUUUUACUAAUUUGGAAACAUAAAGCUGAGUGUGGGAUCGUGGACUGUGGUGUUACAAUUUGAUGGAUUUCCAUCCAUCAUUUCCCCUCCAUCUUAUCUAUUUUCCAGUUAACCUAGUGUUGUAAUUUCUACCUUUUGGAUUAGGUAGAUUUUUUUUUUGAGUGUCCGCACCCUUGUUUUUGUUCCUGGGUCCACCACUGCUGGAGGCAGCGAUGCUGCGGGCAGUGCUGCGCCGGGGAGGGACAGCCAUGAGGCAGGCAGCGUUGUCUGAGGGAUCUACACGGAACCUUCUACGGCUGAGCGUGGCGGAGCGGGAGCGCUCUCGGCGGCGUCGGCGCGACCCAGGGCGCGACGAGUUCUUUGUGCCGACGCCGGAGUCGCUUAAAUGGCUCGACUCCGUCACCCUUCCCAUGAUCCUCACUGCUGCUGCCGUAGCCCUCUUCACCAAGCUGCUCAUGAUGGAACAUGAAGCUACAGACCAAGAAAGGAGAGAACGCAAGAUAAAGAAUAGUCACCCUGAGCAAGGAACAGUAAGGAUGCUUUCACGUGAAGAGUGGGAUGAAAUCCAAGAAGUCAGACCAAGGACCCCUUUUGAAUCAAAGUUAGCUCGUCCACAUGCCCGCUUAAGAACUGGAGAAAACGUGCGGCUGGAGGAUGCCAAGGAUUGGGCCGUUGAUGUGCUCACUGAUGCAUUUACUAGAGCGGAAGAGAGUGCUAAGCGGAAAUGAUUCAGAAGAAAGGCACUUCGAAGUUUUGUUUAGAGGAAACACUGUGGGGUUCUCUUGAAUGCACGUUUCUUGUUGUCUUUUGAAGUUUGAGUUCCUGACUCCUGGUAAAUGCUAACCUCCGCGGUGAGCUAUGGUAGCCGCUUAGAAUAUAUGUUUUCCUUGCUGCAAUAAAUUUUCCGAUAUACGAUUCUUUCGGUCUGUACAGAACCUUCUCCCUGUCAAUUCGAUGACCUGAAGUUGA